AUGUCCGCCAGCAUUUUCCGUGUCGCGGCUCGCGCCAGCCGUCCCACCUUCGUCCGCAGCGUUGCGCCCGUUUCCGCUGUUCGCUUCCCCAAGAGCUUCAGCACCACCGUCCGGAGGUCGUCCGACGAGCACCACGAGGAGAGCUUCGAGGAGUUCACUGCCAGGUACGAGAAGGAGUUUGAUGCUGUCCAGGAUGUUUUCGAGCUCCAGCGCAACCUGAACAACGCCUUCGCUUACGAUCUCGUCCCCUCGACCUCCGUCAUCACCGCUGCCCUCAAGGCCGCCAGGCGCGUCAACGACUUCCCUACCGCUGUCCGGAUCUUCGAGGGCAUCAAGGCGAAGGUUGAGAACAAGGGCCAGUACGAGGAGUACCUGAAGGAGCUCGAGCCCCUCAGGGAAGAGCUGGGCGUUUCCCUCAAGGAGGUCCUCUACCCCGAGUCGCAGUAG